AUGUCGACCAACUCGACAAACCCCACGACAGCCGGGCCACCGACCGACGCGGUCUCGCAGCCCCACGAGACGAGACAGCCGGCGCUGUACGCGUGCGUGAUCACGACCUACACCGUCAGCGGCAUCCUGGUCUCGCUGCGCUUCUACACGCGCGCCGUCCUCCUGCGGCGGCCCCUGAUGGCGGCCGACUGGUGCAUCCUGGCGGCGUGGCUGUCGACGGGCGGCGUGGUGGCGUCGUCGCUGGAGCAGCUGCACUACGGCCUGGGCCUGCACGUCUGGGACACGGACCCGGCCGUCUUCCCGCUGGGCGUGCGCGCCGCCUGGUACGGCUACGUCUUCUACAGCACCGCCAUGUGCCUGACCAAGGUGUCCAUACUGCUGCUGUACCUGACUUUCCUGGGCGUGGGCCGCCGCGCGAGGCGUGCCGCCCUCGCCACCCUAGCCUCCGUCGUCGUCGCGAACCUCUGGAUCGCCGCCUCCAACUUCACCGCCUGCGUCCCGCUGCAGGCCUACUGGGACUAUGCCCUGCGCGCGAGGCUGCAGGCUGAAGAAGGCCGCCGCGUCUACUGCCACCCCAACAUGGUCUGGUACGUCAACAGCUCCAUCAACGUCGUCACCGACUUUGUCAUCUUUGCGCUGCCGUUGCCGGUCGUGCUGGGCAUGAGGAAGCUGGCGUGGAGGCAGAAGAUGACUUUGAUGGGGUUGUUUGGGAUGGGCUUCUUUGUCUGCAUCGUCGCCAUCAUCCGCCUCGUCUUCCUAACCUCGGCGGACCGCAGUCAGGAUUCCACGUGGAACAUUUCCGUCAACACCUUCUGGACCGACGUAGAAGUCAACAUGUCCAUCGCCGUGGCGAGCGCCAUGACCCUACGACCGCUCAUGACACGCUGGUUCCCGCGCGCCUUUGUGUCCUUUGACGGCGGCGACGCGGACAAGCACGACAGCGCCCGCGAGAAUGCCAACACCUCCCUCGACGCGGCCAACUUUGUCAACGACGUCGCCGUCGCCCCGCCCACCAUCGGCAGCCGCAGGACCAGGACCCCCCACCGGGACGAGCACGCCCGCGCCGAGAGCUGGAUCGACUUCCCCGGCAAGCUGGACGGGAGGAACCUGAACGAUCUGGAGCAGGGCCGCAUCAAGCUCAAGGAUGUGUCGACUACCACGACGGCGAUAUCGAGUCCCGUCAGCUUCGGGCCCGACGAAGCGCCCGAGGAACCAGCGACGCAGAGCCACGCUCGGCAGCUGUCUAGGGAUAAGGAUGCGUCGUGGCCGUUGCCUUGA